CCAAAUAAGUGUUCUGCGAAGAUUCAUUUCGAACACCUAAAUUUUCGUCAGAGAACGCUGCAGACCGCACGCCGCCACCACGCCCCAAAUCCGUCGCCGUUCCACUGUUCAAGUUGCCACUCCCACUCCUCAGCGUUUCCAUUUUUGAAAUCCCGGGUCCCAAACUUCCUCCCCCAAUUCCCCAACCCAAGCGUCUUCCCCAAGCGCACCUCUCGCCCGAAACCCUCCGCCCCAUCGCCAGCCCCUCGCGGCGGCGAGAUCCAGGCGUCGUCCCGCCUACGCCGCCGGCCCAUGGCCUCUGUAGACGCCGCGGGUGACCCGCUCCGCGCCGUUGCCUCUGCUACGUGCCUCCUCUUCCAGACCCUAAGCCCAGCCGCGUUCGCCCAAUCUUCCUCCAUGGCCCGUGAGGCGCUGCUCGGCGGAUCCCUGGUGCAGAAAGGAUCCAAGGAGCUGAUGGAGCAGGCAAGCCUGACCUUGAAGCAGCGUGGGGACAUUGAGAAGCUCUACCAGGAGGACCAUGUGGAAGUUGCUGCUACUGGGAAUGACAAGAAAAACCAGCAGGGGCGAAGGCCUGGGCUGGACCGCAAGCGGGCUCGGUUCACUCUGAAGGCACCCCCAAGCAAGACGGUGCAAAAUGUGGAUUUCUCUCAGCUACUAAACAUUGAGGAUCCUGAGGAAUACUUCUCAACCUUGGAGCAGCUCGAAAGAGCUGACAAGGAGAUAAAAAGGCUAAGAGGUGAGGUUCCAACAAAAGCAGCAGAUUAUCACCGGGCUAUUGAACCACCCAAGAAGCGGCCUGGAAUGGCUAGGAGAAAAUCAGUCUUCUCUUACAAGUUUAGUGUGGACGCUGAUACCCCAGAUGUCAUUGAAGAACCUGCUUCUCAAAUAGAAACUAUAACGGAGCCUCAGUUCACUCAAGACGACAUGGCGCCUUCAGUUCCUGAAAGAACCGAACUGCCGGUGCCUUCAAGUUCUAGCCAAUGUGAUAUACCAGAUGUCUCAAUGAGAGAAGAUUCAUUUGCUGAGAAGGAUAAAUGUGCCACUUUGGAUUCUCUACUGUCGGCGUUUAAAAAUUUGGAUGAAUCUGAAGAGGAAAAUCUACUUCGGGAGAAGUUACAGCUUAAAGAAAUAAGCAUAGGAAAAGUUUGUCUGCCUGACUUGUUCAAUGUUCCUGGUGAUAGGCCUGUAAGCAGCACUACUAUGCAGAAAAAUCUGGCGAGUGGUCAAGCUCCAGAAAUAUCUGUGCAAGGGAGUCACCAUGCUCGAAUUUCACAAUGGGAGAAAGAUAUUCUGGGUGGAGACAUUCUGAACAAUGAAUCAUAUCUUUCAGAAGACGACGACUCUGAUGAUUCUCCAGAAACUGUUAUGGGUAAACGAUCACCGGUGCACAGUUCUUAUAAUGAGGUGGUUUUGACAGGUGGUGAGGCCUCUACUGCAAGGGUCGUGAAAUCUCCAGACCAUGUUCUUGAGCCUGCACUGAACCUUUCAAAUGAUGUCUCAGAUAAAAGUGAACCAGAAAGUUCCUCACGUGGUGCGCACAUAGAUAAUGAAGUUCACAAAGAAAAGGAUGCAUCUAGCCGGCACAAUAUUUCGUUGGAGGAAGGUGUUGUUCCAAUUAAUCACCCAAUUACUGAGAAGCCAAAUCAUGGAACAGAAGUUUCUUCUCCUCGUCCUUUGGAAGGCGACUCAGCAGAAGUGCCGGGUAGCAGCACACCAGGUAGAAAUGCGUCUGCAUUGCAUGAAGAAGAUGACAACUGUGAACAUCAGGGAGUGGUUGGAGGGGACGGGCUUCUUCAAGAUCAGUCAAUCCAUCCAACACCGGAAAAAACUGCAGAAGAUAACGAUUCACAUAAUCAAUCUAAUAUCCAGGAUGGAAACAUCAAGAACCAAGCAGCUGACAUAAACAAUGAACUCUCCCUGAGCAAAGAUGGUAAGCAAAAUGCAGUUCGAAAAGGAAAAAAUAGGAAGCAGCCAUCGAAGAGAGGAAAAAGAGUAGCAGAGGAGGCAAGGCAUUCAUCAGAUCCAGAGACUCAACCUAUGGAAGAUCAAAUUCUUGAGGAAGUGAUCGGAGCGAAUGGGAAUAUUCAAGGCGCCGGAAUCCAUACAUCAGAAAUACCUCUGGGAGAUAUUGAUCCACAGAAUCAAUCUCAUAUGGAUCACAUAAUCUUCGAGAAGUCAGCAGUUGAUAUAAGCAACAAACUGUCCCUGAGCAAAGGCAGUAAGCAAAAAGAAAUUCAAAAUGGAAAGAUGAAAAAACAGCCACCAUCGAAGAGAGGAAAACAUGCAGCAGAUGCACCGAUCCAUACAUCAGAAACACCUCUGGGAGAUAUUGAUCCACAGAAUCAGUCUCAUAUGGUUCACAUAAACUUUGAGAAAUCAGCAAUCGAUAUAAGCAAGGAACUCUCCCCCAGAAAAGACAGUAAGCGAAGCACAGUUCGAAAUGGAAAGACAAAGAAACAGCCACCAUUGAAGAGAGGAAAAACUACGCCAGUACAUAUUUUCUUUACAGACAAGGCAAGCAAUGAGUUGGGAAGAACCCCUGAAUAUUUUGAUCCUGAGAUUCAACCUCCUAAUGAUCAACAUACAGAUGUUACAAGGGAUCCACGGUCCCCAAAGAAAGGUAAGGGGCAAAAGGAGGCUCGAAGGCGAAGCAAGACACAAGAAUUGAAUGGAAGAAAAAGCCUGUCAGCAUUUGGUCUUGCGUGGGAAUCUGGUGUGAGACGAAGCUCAAGAAUACGGUCAAGGCCUUUGCAGGAUUGGCUCGGUGAAAGAUUCUUAUAUGGGCGUAUACAUGGCACAAUGUCCACAGUCAUUGGCGUUAAAUCGUAUUCUCCCAGUCACGACGGCAAGGCUGCAUUGAGGGUGAAAUCCUUCGUGCCAGACCAAUAUUCAGAUGUUGUAGCUGAAGCAGGAAAGUACUGAGGCUCCAGGACAAGUCGUCUUGUGCCUAGAAGGGUCCCUUCUCUCUAUCCUUCUGUGGCAUUUGAUGUGCUUCCUCAUGCUCUCCUAUCGGUGGACUUGCACAAUGGGUCAUGCAACCAUGUUGUAGACAUCUGGCGCCAUGUACAAAAGAGUGAUGCAGUGUAGAGACAGCAGUUAUGUUUCUAGUGUCAAAUCGCUAGAUGACAUGGAGCGUACAAGAUCGCUGUUAUCUAUUUUCUAUUUGCUUGAUUUUUUUUUGUCGGUUUAACAUGCAUUUGCCAGAAUUCAUUGUUGUAUCCUUAAAUUAUCUAUGUUUUGAUGUGUUAAUAUUUGGAUCUACGGUUUUAUUGGGAAGGAGCUGUGAAACUCCAUUAGUUUCA